UAAGCUAUGCAUUUGCUUGUGGUUUGAGGUACUUUGCAACUUUGUUAUGAUUUGAAAGUUUUGACAUUUUAAAUGAAGAGCAGUUAAUCAGGACUCCUCCGCUAGCGUCACCAUGCUUUUUGAAAGUUUCGACCUGGUGUCUGUCCUGGCCACCCUCACCGCUUGUCUGGUGUCAAUGGCUCUCCUCCUGGCGGUAUCCCAGCAACUGUGGCAGCUUCGUUGGACAUCCACCCGAGACAGGAACUGCAAACUACCCAUCCCCAAGGGUUCAAUGGGCUUCCCCAUCAUUGGUGAGACCUGUCACUGGUUCUUCCAGGGCUCCAGUUUCCACUCUUCACGGAGGCAGAAGUACGGCAACGUGUUCAAGACGCACCUGCUGGGCCGGCCGCUGAUUCGCGUCACGGGGGCCGAGAACAUCAGAAAGGUCCUGAUGGGAGAACAUAGCCUGGUCAGCGCCGAGUGGCCCCAGAGCACCAGCACCCUGCUGGGGCCCUACAGCCUGGCCAACUCCAUCGGGGACAUCCAUCGCAACAAGAGGAAGGUGUUUGCGAAGAUGUUCAGCCAUGAGGCUCUGGAGAGCUACCUGCCAAAGAUCCAGCAGGUGAUCCAGGACACUCUGAGGGUGUGGAGCAGUAACCCCGAGCCCAUAAUUGUGUACCGCGAGUCGCAGCGGCUCUCCUUCCACAUGGCCGUCCGUGUGCUGCUUGGCUUCUGCACCUCGGACGAGGAGAUGAAGCACCUCUUCAGCACCUUCCAGGACUUUGUCAACAACGUCUUCUCCCUGCCCCUUGACCUGCCUUUCAGUGGCUACCGGAAGGGUAUCCGAGCCAGGGACACCCUUCAGAAGGGCAUUGAGAAGGCGAUCAGGGAGAAGCUGCAGAGCAGCCAAGGGAAGGACUAUGCUGAUGCUCUGGACAUCCUCAUUGAGAGUGGGAAGGAGCAUGGCAACGAGCUGAGCAUGCAGGAGCUCAAGGAGUCCACCAUUGAGCUGAUCUUCGCUGCCUUUGCUACCACAGCCAGUGCCAGCACAUCUCUCAUCAUGCAGCUGCUGAAGCACCCGAUGGUGCUGGAGAAACUGCGUGAGGAGCUGCGGAGCCAUGGCAUCCUCCACAAUGGCUGCCUGUGUGAGGGAGCGCUGCGCCUCGACACCAUCUUCAGACUCAAAUACCUGGACUGCGUCAUCAAGGAGGUGCUGCGACUCUACACCCCCGUCUCAGGAGGCUACCGGACUGCCUUGCAAACCUUCGAGCUUGAGGGUUUCCAGAUUCCUAAAGGCUGGAGUGUGAUGUACAGUAUCAGGGACACCCACGACACAGCGUCAGUCUUCAAGGAUGUGGACACCUUCGACCCGGAUCGCUUCAGCCAGGAUCGCAGCGAGGAUAAGGACGGCCGCUUUCACUACCUGCCCUUUGGAGGGGGGGUGCGAAUGUGUCUGGGUAAGCAGCUGGCCAAACUGUUCCUGCGGGCACUUGCCAUAGAGCUGGCCAGCACCAGCCGCUUCGAGUUGGCCACCAGGACUUUCCCACGCGUCAUCACUGUGCCCGUUGUGCACCCAGUUGACGGCCUGAAGGUCAAGUUCUUCGGACUCGACUCCAACCAGAAUGAGAUUAUGGCCGAGACAGAUGAAAUGCUGGGGGCCACUGUCUGAUCAGCAGGAUGGAGGGCACGGGCUCAGAGGGCAUUUGGAGAAAAGGAGCAAAACUCAAAAACAAACAAACAAGCAAACAAAAAACUAAUAAACAAUGCAAAAAUUGUGAAAGACAAAAGAAAAGCAUCCUGGAAUUGCCAAAUGCUAACUUCAUAUGAAGAGAAAAAAACAAGCAAACAUCAUGACGCUGCCAAAAAUGUAUAGAUUUCAUUUUUUAAAUAUCUUCGUGAGGAACAAUAAAAGAAAAACU